CCUUUUUCCCUCCCCUUCUGCUCCCUCCUCCAGACAAAAGCAGCGCUCAGCCUGAGAGUUUAAACAAACCAGAGCCGGCAGUACAGAGCUUGCACACACUCAAACACACACACUGUCAUACAGCUGUGAUGUGUAACACAGAAUGAGGCUGAGAAGACUCAUCCACACCUGAAGAACAGAGUUCUCUGGAAAAGAGGAAGCUCAGGGCAGCACCGUUGGAGACAUUAACCAGAUCAGACCUUAGGCCCUAUCCCUCACCUUGCACCUUCUGUCCGUCAGCCCCCUCCCCUCCAGCCAAUCCCUUGAAAAAUUGAAGAUACACAUUAACCUCCAGACUGAAAGAUCCUCACCAGAAGCGACAGCUGACCUAAUGGAAGGAACAACCCUGGCCGAUAUGGGAGACCUGUGUCGUGCUCGCACCUCCAGCCCAGAGGGGGAGACGGUGUGUGAGGCUCUGGCCCGUCAUGAGAGCACUCUGAGGGAGGCCAUCAGGGAGAUCCACAUGGAUAUCAGUGCCUUUAAGUUAGGCAUGGAACAUCGCCUGGAGGAUGCAGCCAGCCUGAGCGGGACUCUUGGACGAGCCAUGACUCAACUCCAGCAGGAGAACCAAGAGCUCAGAACUCAGCUGCAAGCUCUAAGCCAACAAGUGGAACUUCUAAGUGGGAUGAGCAGUCAUAACGGCAAGAACCACCUCAAUGGCAUCCAAACCAAUCACUCGGAGCUCAAGGAGGUGAUCUACGGGAAGGCUGAGGCUCUCACUCAGAGUGUCAUCCAGACCUGCACCCCUGGGAGCCAGACACAGACCUACAGUGCCCACAGCGUUCCCGUCAACGCUGCAUCCAGCCCUGCGACGUUCUCCUCUUCCCCCAACUCCAGUAGUCCUCCGGUCCCUUCAAGAGUAUCUGCCAUCGUGACAGGUCCCAUGUCGAGCAGCAGCCCCUCCACUGGGCGCUUCUCCAGCCGAGCCACAUUUGCAGUGUCCAGCAAAACCAAUAGUAUUGAGCGAGAGGAGCCAAUAGAAGUGGACCCAGCUCCGACUCACGCGGGCCUAGAGAACGGACACACUGCGUCAACAGAACAUUCUUUGCUGAUACAUGGAAAGAUGUCUCCUCCCAAGGACUUCCCACAUGAGCACACAGCCUCAGUUGCCAUGCGGAUGGCCCACUUCCCCAUCACAGCAACCACCAAGACAGCAGAAAUCAAGACUUCUCCAGACUCUCCCAGUAGCCCCACUUCUUCUCCUUCCUCUCCGGUCUCAGAGGCCUACCCUCCCAGCCAGUCAACUGCCAGCACCAUCCAGCCGCAACCAAGCGCAGAGUCCCCACUUCAACCAGUAUCUUCUGUGAAGACGUGGACCCCCACACCCAUUAGAGCUCUGGGAACAUCACGCCUUCAAGAGAAGACAGGUUCGGCCUCUGCUAAAACUGUAACUUAUGCAGGGUUACCUCAACAUAACAGACAACACAACAGACAUGACACUGAUGAAAGCAAAGAGAGAUCCUUUGGGUAUGGAGGAGAAAGGAAGCGAGAGCUGGUGAGGUCACAGACUUUACCAAGAAACAUUGGAGCUCAGGCUCGGCGUCCAGUCUUUGAGAAGUUGGACACAGACAUCAGUAACAGUUGCCCCAAACUAGUGGAGUCCAAACCCAAACUGAAGCGCUCCCAAAGUUUUGGCGUUUCCAGUGCAAGCAGCAUCAAACAAAUCCUUCUUGAGUGGUGUCGCUCUAAGACCGUAGGCUACCAGAACAUAGACAUCCAGAACUUCUCAUCCAGUUGGAGCGAUGGCAUGGCUUUCUGCGCUUUGGUCCACUCCUUCUUUCCCACCGAGUUCGACUACGAAUCGUUGUCACCGGUCAAUCGAAAGCACAACUUUGAACUGGCUUUUGGGACUGCAGAAGUGAAGGCUGGGUGCGACCGGCUCAUUGAAGUGGACGACAUGAUGAUCAUGGGUCGUAAACCGGAUCCAAUGUGUGUAUUCACCUACGUUCAGUCCCUGUACAACCACCUGCGAAAGUUUGAAUGACACUCCAUAUUCACCGCAUAUUGGUGGCAUGACCUUUUCCAGCCCUCUUUUCCACUGCCACAUUGCCACUGAGCAUUAAGGCAUUUCCUCUCUGUCGAGGAAAGAAGUCAAAGAAUUCGAGACUGUGCUGCCCUCUUGUGGUAAAUUUGAGAACAUUCUUUCCCGUUUUGGACGGCUAACAAAUAAUACAGGUUAGUUAGUGACAAUGCGAGUCAUUCAAUUCAAUGACGACAACACAUUCUUAAGUUUGUGAAUUAUAUUUGGUUUGCAGCAUAUUUGUUUCUUGUAAAACCUGUAUUAUUCCCACAUGUUGAGUAUGUUAACAUUUAACACUGCACCGGAGGAGAUACAAUUCACAGCAUCGGUGAAGAACUGAAAUGUAGGCAAUCAUUUGUGAAUGCUUGAUUAUGAGAUGUAUUCAAAUAAGAUAUAGAGAAUGCAAAAUGGAAUUUUUGUAAAAUGAGACUGAAUUAUGAGAUUUUUUUCACACUGUAUGCUGAGAUAUUGAGUUGUAAUCAAUUUUUAAAAAACUGUCUUUGGAAUAGUAAGAAAUGCUUAAAUUUCAUUUUCAGAUGUUACUUCUUAUCAAGUCCAACUUUCCCAAAAAUUAGCUGUGACAAAUUAGAUUUAAGAUUAGACGUAGAAAUUGUUACAGCCGCAUGAUAGCACACAGAAAAGGUAGUGAACAUGUUCACUAAAAUUGAAAAGAAAUGAAUUCAAUUUGAAACGCACGCAUGCAUGCACACACACACACACACACACACACACACACAAGCUGAUUCCAUAAUAUAGGUACUUUAUGUCCUAUUUGACAUGAUUAAGCGUAAAUGUAUUCCGAGUGAUUUUGGUUAUUGUCAAGAAAAUGAUGAGAAAUGGCUUGAUAUCAGCUCUUAAAUUAAACUUUGGGAGCUAUUUUUGUUGUCAUCAUUAUAUUUGUCAAAACAGACGUACCUUUAGUUACACCAGGCAUUAAAAAUGAACAUGAAA